UGAGCAAAUGGACACAUAACCAUUUAUCCUUUUAAAAUGUUAUAUAUUUGAAAAGGACAUUUUAAAAUGUGUGUAAACAUUUCUGCAGAACUUCAGGUAAAAAAAUGAAACUGACUUUUUUCAUCUGAGCUCAUCUUGGUUGUAAAACAUUUUCAAGCUUAUUUGACAAACUUCCAAACUCGGUCUUUCCCAGUCUCUCCUAAAGCAAAAAAAGUUCAUGUUUUAUUUUUAUUUAAAGAUGUUCUGCAAACCAGAUUAGACAUCAAUAAUAGGCUAAAUACACUUUCUGUAAUUAGAAAUUUAAACAGUUUAACCACUUUUGUCCUCCUUUAUGCCACGUGUCUAAAUGUUUUUGGAUUUGUCCCUAGUGCUGGAUAAACUGAAAAUCUAACUUGUCCAAAUUACCUUUUCAGACAAUCUGAUUGUUUUCACUUAAUUCUAUUUUCAAAACCUGAAAAUGUGCUUAUUUUGUUUAAUGUUGCUGCUCAAUAUUUUUUGUUUUUAGGAACUCUGGUAUUAUUGAAAUUGCUUUGCUCAGCAGAAUUUUUUAGUGAAAGUGUUAACUUUGGCACUAAACAUUUAACACGCUGGUUUUUCUGGCUUACAAUAAGUGCUAUCUGAUGAAGACUUAAAGAAGAAAACUAGCAACAAGCUAAAGCUUCUUCUAUGAUCUUUGGACGGUGCUUCUGUUUGUUUUUGGCGUUUGUCGCCCUCUCGUGGUGGAUUGAUAAAAGUACAAUAACAAGUUACCUACUGACGGAGAAAUGGUGGAACAAAAAAACGUUUAAGUAUGAUUUUUAUUUUUUUAUGAUUUCUUAAUGUAAUAAUGCAAAACACAAAAUAUUUUAUUAGCUAUAUUGCUGACCUUUGAAUUAUCAAGUAUGAUCUUCCUAACUUAUUUUUUCCCAAUCUCAUCCAAAACUGAAGAAAUUCAUUUAGUGUUAAAUGCUAUUUAUAUAUCUUACCAGAUUCAACAUGGGUAAUGAUGGGCUACAUCAUGCACUUUCUGUAGUUCAGAAACUGAAACAGUUUAACGCCUUUUUCCUUAUGCAAUAUGUCUAAAGGUUUAUGGAUCCGUUAUUCAGACAUUAAGUUGUCGCCUGGAAAAUAAAAGGAAAUAUUUGGGUUUAUUUUAACUGAUUGUGUUAGAAAAAAUGUAUUCAUUAUAUAAUUGUCCAUACAUCUCUUUUUUUAAGUGUCUCAACGUUACUUAACUUUAGGCCUAUUUAAAUGUGCAUUGAAUUACAGUUCACAGGUUACUGGAGUAGUGACUCAGCUAUGUUGUGUGUUUAUAUUUUUUCAUAUAUGAGAUUUGUCUUUCUAAAAUCAAAACAUUUGUGUACAUAAUGUUUUGUUACUGUUCCUGCUCAAUUAUCAAUAUUAUUUUGUUUAUGGAAGUAAUAGAAAUGGUAAACUGCAGACGGACAAAUCUCGCCCUCUUGUGGCAGAAUAGCCAGCUCCACUCAAUUUGAAUCCGAUUCAGAUUAAUUAUUCUUUUAGAACAAAAGUUUACAUUUAGUUUUCAAUUGACUUAUUAUUUUUUUUAUCCAGACACAAAGCAGUAAUAUCAAGUCCAAAUCUGAAACACAACAAAUUAUGGCACAAUUGCACAUAACGUUUCCAAUAGCGUAUCUGAUCUCAUUUCUGUUUGUUGCUUUCACAGAUGAGUCUUGGCCAGAUGAUUUUUAUAUUCUGGCUAAAAAAUUCAAUUUGUGAAAAUAACGUUUGAGUUUUAAAACCUAAUUUGGGCUGUCAUAAUCCAAUUGUACAAUAAAACAUUGAAUUCAAUAAAUUGGUGACUGAAAUGAGCAACAAUGAUCUUAGCUUUUUUAAAGACACCCAUGGGAGUUUAUUUAAUGCAAUUGCUAAAUAACAUCCCAUUGAAGUUUUUAGGGAAAUCAGGUGAACAUUUAACUUCUUUGCAAAACACGAUUUUUUCCCACUUAAUCUUACAAUUGUUUUGUUUUGUGUAGCGGUCAAAGUGUACACGCAUUGUAAUAAUUAUGACAGCCCCUGAACGCAACACCGCCGCGUCUGGAUUGGAUCAGCAGACGCGUCACAGCGCGGAGGACUCAAUUGACGCUCGUGAGAUACUCGGAGAUCGCUGAAAGCUGAAAAAUAGCUUAUUGAAACAGUAAUGCGAAAGUUGCUUCAUCCCGAGAUUGAGUUGUAUAAUUGUUCCUCGUUUUUUACAUCAAAAGUAAAGAUGGAUUCAUUCGGUCUUCAUGAGUUUGGCAUCGUUUAGGAGCUUUGCGAAGGGAUGGGGAUUAAGAAAGCUCUCCUAAUAACUAGUUUGUUCUUGGUUCACCAGAUUCAAACAAACUUAACGAAAUUCUCCCCUGAUCAGAGGGGCCAGUACAGGGAUCAACGCCAUCCUGAAGUACCAAAUCCUGACUUCCAUACUGAGGAAGGACGGCAUAACUCUAAACAGAUUGUUGAUGUUGAUCACAUCUACUACACGUCUAAAGUCCAUGGUCCUGGAGAUGUUGCAGGUAAACAGCUGUGGGUGGACAUCAAAGAGAUGGCGAGGGGGCAGUGGAACGUCCUUAGCUUUCUGUCCAACACACACAGACAUGCAGAGAGGGUGAAUCUUUCCUUCAGCUUUCCGUUCUAUGGUCACCUGCUGAAUGAAAUCACCGUUGCUACUGGAGGUUUUAUUUACACCGGAGACAUUAUCCACCAGAUGCUCACAGCUACUCAGUACAUCGCUCCUCUGAUGGCCAAUUUUGACCCGAGUCUGUCGAAAAACUCAACUGUGUUGUACUGUGACAACGGAACCGCGCUGGUGGUUCAGUGGAACCAAAUCUACCUCCAGGACAGCGUUGAUGUGGGACUGUUUACCUUCCAGACCACUUUGCACAGUAAUGGACGCAUAAUCUUUGCCUACAAAGAGAUUCCUUUGGACAUCAAUGACAUCAGCUCUGAGAAUCAUCCCGUCAAAGUUGGCCUGUCGGAUGCUUUUGUGGUCAUUCACAAGAUCGAACAGAUUCCCAAUGUUCGCCGCAGAACCGUCUACGAGUAUCACAGGGUCGACAUCCUGAAGUCAAAAAUCUCCAGUUCUACAGCGGUAGAGUUGCUCCCAUUGCCCACGUGUCUGCAGUUCUCCAGCUGUGGCCCAUGUGUCAUCUCUCGGAUCGGCUUUAACUGCAGCUGGUGCAGUCGGCUACGAAGGUGCUCCAGCGGCUUUGAUCGUUAUCGGCAGGAAUGGGUCGACUCCGGUUGUCCAGAAGAGGUUCUUAUUUUCAUCUUUUCACGGAGUCAAAGUGUUUUUUUCUUAACGCUGAAUCUGAUUUAUUUGCUUAUUUUCCAGAAACGAGAUCCACGCUGCCUUCUUGCAACAGAAGCCAGAAACACCUCGUCACACACUUCCGCUCUCCUCACGGCCACGGCCAGCUCCAACAUGACCCCCACCCCUCUCAGCAAGGCUUCCACCAUCACCGAUCUGUCAUCACACAAAAACAAAUCAAGUGCACAACAAUUAACCAGCAGUUCUGCAGAAGAAGAUGCAGAGAGUAAAGGAGGAAGUGACCAGGGGCUGCAAGUUGGUUUACUGUCGUGCAUCGUCGUCAUGGUGGUGGUUGUCAUGGUAGCAGCUGUGUUUAUGGCCAUCUACAUGUACAAGCACCCCACAUCGAGCGCCAGCAUCUUCCUCAUGGAGCGGCGCCCCACCCACUGGCCCAUCCUGAAGUUCAGACGAGGCUCCGGUCGGCCAUCUUACGCUGAGGUGGAGCCUUCCGGUCAGGACAGAGAGGGCUCCGUCGUCAUCGACCUCAAACAAUCUUUCGUCUUGUUGGACAGAAGGGAGAGCGAACAGAAGGAAGGGUUUAUGGUUCCUGAUCAAAGGGAGCGCUUCCUGGGCUCGGAGAACUCCUGACCAGAACUGCAGUUUCCGUUUGAGUUCUUCUCUUUUAGCUGCAGCACAAGUUCACUUUAGGAUGUAUAGAAAAAGAGCUUUUAGAAACACAAAAGCAUCAAAACUGCUCAGGUGGUUCACUGGAGGCUCUUGCAGAGCAGGAGGGCCUUUGUUUCCCCCCUAAGCUGUUCUUCUCCAUGCUUUCUUCACAAAGAGGAAUGUCAUGUUUGAGUGCCAUUUCCUGAUCUGAAAAAAUACAGACUGAAUUCCCGAGUAACUCCCACCUUCCUCUGACGACAUGCUGCAGCGCUCUCAGUCCUGUUUAUCUCAGAGAGACAUUCCUACUCAGCAGCAGGUGUGUACAACUUAACACACAGAGGUUUUGUGCUUUUAGAGCACAGAGAACAUUAACUGGUUGCUAUUGCUGAAAUAAAACACACUGCAGCAUCAGAAAAAUACAAAUGUUUUAUAUUUUAAUUCUAUCCUACAGAAAUUCUUACAUUGGUGUAACUGAUCUAUCUUCCAUAGUGCUUGCAGUAGCUGCUCCUAUUACUGUCAAAUGUGUAUAUUUUCAGUUGCCGUACACAAGUUUAAAAUAAAUCUAAAAAGUAUUCAGAAUAAAACCUUUUUUUUUGCUGUAAAAUUUGAA